UCCCAACACUAUAUAAGAAACCCCUCCAUAUCUCUUCUUCCUCACAACCCCAAGCAAAUAUUUAAAAAAAAAAAACAAAACAAAACUUCCGUUUCCCGGAGAAGUUGAAAAACGGAAGCCAUGGACCGAAACAUUGUGAAGCCCUUGUGUGUUUUCUUCUUCUUUGCUUCCCUUCUUAUCCUCGCUGCUGAUGCAACACCGCCAGCACUUAAGCAGCACCAGUUUAUUAUUCAAUCAACCCCAGUGACGAGGCUGUGCAAUACGCGCAACACGAUAACAGUGAACGGGCAGUUCCCGGGACCCACUUUGGAAGUGAGCAAUGGUGAUACCUUAGAGAUCAAGGUUAUCAACAACGCGCAAUAUAAUAUCACCAUUCACUGGCACGGCGUACGGCAGAUGAGAACAGGAUGGGCAGAUGGACCAGAAUUCAUUACACAAUGCCCAAUCAGGCCAGGAGGGAGCUAUACUUACAGAUUCACAAUUAACGGCCAGGAAGGGACCCUUUGGUGGCACGCCCACAGCUCGUGGCUCAGGGCAACUGUCUAUGGAGCUCUCAUCAUCCGUCCAAGAGCGGGCGAGUCAUAUCCAUUCCCUAAGCCUACAAGAGAAACCCCCAUUGUACUUGGUGAGUGGUGGGAUGCAAACCCCGUCGAUGUUAUAAGGCAGGCUCAGUUGACCGGAGCAGCUCCAAAUGUAUCAGAUGCAUUCACCAUCAAUGGCCAACCUGGUGAUCUCUACAAGUGUUCCAGCCAAGGAACUGUGGUAGUCCAAACAAACUCUGGUGAGACCAGCCUUUUGAGAAUUAUCAACUCUGCACUCAAUCAACAGCUUUUCUUCUCGGUAGCAAACCACAUACUAACCGUGGUUGGGGCUGAUGCCUCUUAUGUAAAGCCCUUCAGAACUUCAGUCAUCAUGUUGGGUCCCGGCCAGACCACCGACGUCCUAAUCACAGCCAACCAGCAACCGGGGCGAUACUACAUGGCAGCACGUGCAUAUGCAAGUGCACAAGGAGCACCGUUUGAUAACACCACAACCACAGCCAUCCUACAGUACCAGAGCAGCCAAAGAAGCCCGGUUCUCCCAUCUCUACCUGCAUAUAAUGACACGGCAACAGCCACAUCCUUCACGACAAGUUUCAGAAGUCUGAGGAAUGUCGUGGUCCCUACUCAAAUUGACGAACAACUCUUUAUCACAGUUGGGUUGGGACUCAAUAACUGUCCACCUGGUGCAAGCCCACAGAGAUGUCAAGGACCAAACGGGACCCGGUUCACUGCCAGCAUGAACAACGUGUCUUUCAUACUCCCAUCUAACUUUUCCCUUCUUCAGGCACAUCAACAAGGUAUCCCGGGAGUUUUCACGACCGACUUUCCAGCAGCUCCUCCUGUUAAGUUUGAUUAUACGGGUAAUGUGAGCCGGUCGCUUUGGCAACCUGCUUCUGGAACAAAGGUGUACAAACUGGCAUAUGGGACCAGAGUGCAGAUAGUUCUGCAGGGAACAAGUAUCGUAGCUGGUGAGAACCACCCAAUCCAUCUUCAUGGAUAUGAUUUCUACAUUGUUGCUGAGGGUUUUGGAAACUUCAAUCCACAAAGAGAUACUGCCAAGUUCAACCUUGUGAAUCCACCACUUAGAAACACAGCGAGUUUGCCAGUCAAUGGGUGGACCGUGAUCCGGUUUGUUGCUGAUAAUCCAGGAGUCUGGAUAAUGCACUGUCACUUGGAUGUCCAUAUUAGCUGGGGUCUGGCCAUGGCUUUCAUAGUGGAAAACGGGGCUACUGAAUUGGAAGCAUUAGAGGAUCCUCCUGAAGACCUUCCGGUCUGUUGAGUAUCAACAAAUGACGAAGAUUAUUCAUAUUUUCAUGUAUUUUUUGCAUUGUAUUUUUGUCACUAUGAGAUAAAAGGUGGAGAAGUGUGAAUCAAAGCACUGCUCCGUGAUGGUAACCUUUGUAUUCUUUGUAGCAUCAUGAUUUCAAAAUUUUACUAUCUCUGUUUUUUAAUAAUUCCUUGUGCUUAAU